CCCGCCCAAAACGCCGACCAAGUAAUUCCACACGUUUAUUUAAAUGUAUUAAUUUUUCCACUAUUUGUGUGGCCAAUUUUCUGCGACUCGGUGAAAAGAGGAUCAAAAUGAGUACAUACUGCGCACGUUAGCUGAUACCACCCUCUCCCUUUCCGCCACGUCACUCAACCAUACAACGCAUUUAUCCAAAACAGUAGUCAGUUUCUUAACGGCGCAAGUUAUCGGAAUUUGCUCUCUUCUCUUUCAUCGAAGCUCCGCCGUCGACAAGUCCACCGGAAAGUUUUGUUAUACAAUUAAUUCGUCGAAAUCUCGCUCAGAUCUCACUUAGUGUUGGUGAUCAGAACCCAUAUUUCUUGUGCAGGAUCUAAGUCUACAUUCCGUCUUGCUUUCUAGGAUAUUUCAUUUCUUUUUGUGUCUUCAAUCUCUCAAUAAUGGCUACAACUGGUUCUUUGCUGUUUUCUCGGGAAUUGGGGAUCAAUAGAAGUUCUGUAUAUAACAGCCGACCUAAGGGGAAGAGAUAUAAGGGACACACUCAAAUUUUUGCUGCUGGUAUUUCGUCCCAUACCUCGCUACAAGAGGCUUGGAGUGUACAUCUUUUAACCUUACGGAAGUCAAUAAAACCAACACCAACUAGGUGUAACAUUUUAGUUUGUCGAUCUCUUUUCUCACCAAAUGGCGGAAACCAGAUUCCUUUAUUAAAAACAGCUGCUACAGUAUUAACAAGGUCAUAUGAAGCUUUUCAUGGCCGAUCUCUUGUAGUGCAAUUGAUUCCAGCUGUUGGAGUUAUUGCUUUUGCUGCAUGGGGUCUUGGACCUCUAAUGCGUGUCUGCAGGAUCCUUUUUCUGCAGAAGAGUGAUAAUAGUUGGAACAAGAGUAAAGAAUAUCAAGUGAUGACAUCGUAUGUUCAACCUUUGUUGCUGUGGGGUGGUGCAGUACUUAUAUGCAGAAUCCUGGAACCAGUUAUCCUACCUUCUGCAUCAAGCCAAGCUGUGAAACAAAGGCUUUUGAAUUUUGUACGUUCAUUAUCAACAGUAUUGGCAUUUGCAUACUGCUUAUCAAGCUUAAUACAACAAACACAAAAAUUCUUUGCGGAGAAUAAAGAUCCUAGUGACGCAAGAAAUAUGGGUUAUGAAUUUGCGGGAAAAGCUGUUUAUUCUGCAGUGUGGGUUGCAUCUAUUUCAUUAUUCAUGGAAUUACUCGGUUUCUCCACUCAGAAGUGGGUGACAGCUGGAGGUCUUGGUACUGUAUUGCUUACACUUGCAGGCCGUGAGAUAUUUACUAAUUUUCUUUCAAGUGUCAUAAUCCACGCAACAAGACCUUUCGUACUAAAUGAAUGGAUUCAAACAAAAAUCCAGGGGUAUGAAGUCUCUGGUACAGUUGAGCAUGUGGGUUGGUGGUCCCCAACAGUGAUUAGAGGUGAUGAUCGUGAGGCCAUUCAUAUCCCAAAUCAUCAAUUUACAGUGAAUGUAGUGAGAAAUUUAAGCCAAAAAACUCAUUGGCGCAUCAAGACUCACCUUGCUAUCAGCCAUUUGGAUGUCAAUAAAAUUAACAACAUUGUGGCUGAUAUGCGCAAGGUUUUGGCCAAAAAUCCUCAAGUGGAGCAGCAAAAGCUUCAUAGGCGAGUGUUUUUGGAUAAUGUUGACCGUGAAAACCAGGCUCUUUUGAUUAUGAUUUCUUGCUUUGUUAAAACAUCGCAUUUUGAAGAAUAUCUUUGUGUCAAGGAAGCAAUAAUGCUGGAUCUGCUAAGAGUAAUCAGCCACCACCGUGCCCGUCUGGCAACACCUAUUCGCACUGUACAAAGAAUCUACCGUGAUGCAGACCACGAUGACGUCCCAAUUUCCGACAUCUUCAGUCAUAACCGAGCCGCUGCUGCAAACCGUCCAUUCCUACUGAUCGAACCAUCUUACAAGAUCAACGGUGAAGAUAAAAGCAAGCCUUCAUCUCGACCCGGACCCACCACCAACCCCAACAUCGAAGAAAAAGACACCAAACCCAUCAUACCAGACCCAAUCACAGAUCCCAACCCAAAACCCUCAAACGUGGGACCCAGUCCCAUUGGGUCAGGUGGUGGUAAUAGUCCAAAACAGGAGGUUGAAAAGGCCAGGUCAGCAUUGGAAGAUAAUAUUGUGUUAGGUGUGGCUUUAGAGGGUUCCAAAAGGAUGCUGCCUAUUGAGGAGGAUGAGAUGGGACCCCCUGCACCAUCAUCAUCAUCACCGGAGUCGAAGGAAUUGGCUAGCUGUUUAAAUGGGGGUGGUGCACCGCCUAGCAAAGACCAGAAAAAUGAUGCGGGUAGCGUGGGUCCAGGUACCAGUACCACAUCAUCAAAUGAACAAGAAAAGAGGUGA